AUGCGGUUCUUCUCUUUGGCUGCUACGGCUCUGCUCGCCCUGGUUCCCGCUGCCCUCGUUGCGGCACAGGCGCAUGACACUCCGGAGCUCGGCAUCGUCACCACUUUCCCCAACAACCCGUUCUCUAUCGUCAAGAAUGGUCAGGCCAAUACCGUCGUCUUCUCGAUCACCAACCCUCCUAAGGAGGACCGUCUGCUGACGCUCCAGUCCGUCACGGGCGCCUUCCUCAACCCCAAGAAGGAAGAUGGCCAGAAGGGCCGCGUGCUUCGCAACAUGACCACCACCACCUUCAAGUCGCGUCCCCUCCGCUCCGUCGGCGGUCGUCCCGUUCAAAUCCCCUUCGACUUUGUCCCCGAAUUCAAGCCUCAGGAUCUUCCCGUCGAGUUCAGCCUGCUGGUCAACGACGAGCAGACCGGUAAGAAGCACCGCAUCCACGCCUACCGCGGCACCGUCAAGGUCAUUGAGCCUGCUAAGAGCUGGUUCGACCUCCAGCUCAUCUCGGUCUACAUCAUCGGUCUCGCUGCUCUCGCUGGUGCGGGCUACUUCGUCUACGCCACCUACAUUGUCAAGGAGGAGACUUCGGCUACUGGUGGUCCCAAGAAGUUCGAGAAGCCCGUUGUUGAAAAGCAGACUGGCGUGCAGGAUGAGUGGAUCCCCGAGCACCACCUCCGAGCACGCAAAAGCAAGGGCAAGUCGGCCGGCGCCCUCAGCAGCGGUGACGACGAGCCUUCGUCGCCCAAGAAGCGAGGCAAGGGCCGCAAGUAA